AUGGGACGGUACUAUUCGAAUGAAUUCUCUGAUGACGUACAGAGGAAAAAAAAGAAAAGCGGGAAAAACAUCAUUAGAUUUGAACUACCUUACUCAAUAUGGUGUUCGCACUGUGAUAAUCUUCUUACUCAAGGAACGCGAUACAAUGCUUCAAAAACUGCAAUUGGAAAGUAUUACACAACUACCAUUUGGUCAUUUCAGUUUCGAUGUCAUCUCUGCUCAAAUGAAAUAACAAUUGAAACCGAUCCCAAAGCAAAAUACCGGUUAACGUCGGGAGCAAAGCCAAGAGCAGAACCUGGAUUAAUAGAUACGAAACCUUUGGAAAAGGAUGAGGCACUAGUAGCCAUUGAACGAAAUACUCAAGCUCAGCAGGCGAACUCCAUUAUUAAUGCAUUGAUUGAACGGAAUGAAAGGCAAUGGGCUGAUAAUUACGAAGCUUCCCAGAAAUUACGAAAAGAGUUUAGGACGAACAAAAGAAAGUUCCUUGACCAAAGAGAAAGAGACAAAAAGUUUACAGAACAAGCAGCUUUUAGUGUACCAUUAGUAACUCCCAGUCCCAAUGAUCAAGUUGAGGCUGCUUCACUUGUCCAAAGAGCAAAAGGAAAAGAGAAAAACUACAGCUUGAAUGAAAAAAGGACAAAUGACAGUGUAUUCAAAACAAAGAGUAAAAUAAGCAAAAAUACAGCGUUAGCAAGGAUUGCUCGAAACACUUUUAUAAAACGAGAUCCCUUCGGAACUCAUGCUCCUGUUCAUAGAAAAAAACAGGAAAGCACUCAGCAUCCUUUCUCAUGUCAUUCUCAAAAAUUAGUAAAUUAUGAUGAUGAAUCUGAAUAA